AUGGCUGCAGCAAUCGGCUCGUGUGGGGAUGCUGACAAUGUUGUAAGAGUGGAUCCACAGCAAAAAGAGGUAGAACAUCUGAUCCAGAGCAAGAGGUGUGUGUGCAUCAUGCAGAAGUGGGGCGGCAAACGGGAGGUGAUGUACACAGCAUUUAAAGCACUCGGGUCAUCAGUUGACUAUAUACAGGUCUGUGACUCUGACACUAAACUGGACCCUCUGGCCACACUGGAGCUCUGUAAGGUGCUGGAGAGUAACCCCAAGUACGGUGCUGUGGGAGGGGAUGUGAUGAUCCUUAACCUGAAAGACUCUUACAUCAGCUUCAUGAGCAGUCUUAGGUACUGGAUGGCUUUCAACAUUGAAAGGUCCUGCCAGUCCUUCUUCAACUGUGUGUCCUGCAUAAGUGGUCCUUUGGGACUGUACAGGAAUGACCUCCUCCAGCAGUUUCUGGAGUCCUGGUACAAUCAGAUGUUUCUGGGGACUCACUGCACAUUUGGCGACGACAGACAUCUCACCAACCGUAUGCUGAGCAUGGGUUACGCCACAAAAUACACAGCCCGUUCCAAAUGCUACACAGAGACGCCGGCUCCGUUUCUGCGGUGGCUCAAUCAGCAGACUCGCUGGACAAAAUCUUACUUUCGUGAGUGGCUCUACAAUGCAAUGUGGUGGCACAAGCAUCACCUCUGGAUGACCUACGAGUCAAUCGUCUCUGGUAUUUUCCCAUUCUUUGUCACUGCCACCAUCAUCCAGCUGUUUUGGACAGGCACGCUGUGGGAUAUUCUCUGGAUCCUGUGCUGCAUCCAGCUUAUCGGGCUGGUCAAAGCAGCUUAUGCCUGUAUCCUACGCAAAGACGUGGUGAUGGUGUUUAUGUCCCUCUACUCAGUUCUAUACAUGACCAGCCUGCUGCCUGCUAAGUACUUUGCCAUUCUCACCAUGAACAAAAGCAGCUGGGGGACAUCAGGCAGGCGUAAGAUUGUAGGGAACUACAUGCCCCUCCUCCCUCUGUCAGUGUGGGCCGCCAUUUUAUUAGGUGGGCUCAGUUACACAAUCUACAAGGAGAGUCAACUGGACUGGUUAACACCAGCCAAGACACUGGAGACCAGGUUUCUUAUCUUUGGCUCUGUGGCCUACACUUUCUACUGGCUACUUAUGAUGUUCCUCUACUGGGUGUGGUCCCGCAGGUUAUGUAGGAAACGUUCCCAAAGUUACACAGUGAAUGCCUGAAGUGUCCAGUGAAGAACUAAGUCUACAGUGUUAAUUUAUUUGAAUUCAACCAUUUACCUUUUUUAUUCAGUUGAUAUCAGUAAUUUAUUUUGUCUUGUGGUUUAGUAACUGAUGGGCAGGGCAAUUUCAUGCAGCUGCUAAACCAACAAACUCCAAAAAAAAAGGGGGAAUGUAUAUUGAUAAUACUGAUAAAAUGGAUAACAGCAGUACUUUUGAAUAAGUAAAGAAAAUAUCACUAAUCUACUGGUGAUAUGUUAAUAAUGAAAGGGCAACAGAUUGAUUCAUAUGGAGAUGUUGUUGCACAUUCAAAUGAAACUGUACUGAAGGCUUUUGAGCCUUGUAUUUCUCAGGUUUCUUUUUGUCAGAUGAAGAUCGGAGAGAUGACCUUCCAUCUGAUAUUAUUUUAUGAUAUUUAAAGACCGGAAAACUACUAUUUAGAAAACCUCUGUGUAUUAGAAGAUAUGAGUAAGUGUCAGGUUUGGCGUGUAAAAAUGCAAAAUAGCGUUUGUGGUGAACUCAAUUAUAAAGCCAGAUGAACUGAGGUAGAGAAAGGUUCUUUUACUUGUUGCAACCAAACAACCACAAUACACAGUCCAGGAUCACAAUCAGGGUCAGCGCCGAUAAACAGGUAUAGCCAGGAGAUCCAAACUCGAGAGGUCAAGGGGAAUAAAUCAGAAGGUUGGUACACUGCAGGCAAUCAAAAUCUGGGAGGGCAUAGGCAAAACACGGUGGUUAAAAACAGUAAUCCAAGGUCAGAAACAGAGAGUCAUGCAAGGUAUAAAUGCUGGAGAGUCAGAGCUGGAGUCUAGAGCAAUCUGGCAGCAUUCUAGUGAGUGAAUGCUGCCUAUAAGCUGUUGGACACAGGUGUGAGUAAUCAGAAGCAGGUGAACACUAUGAACACAGAUUAAACUAAAGAGUCCGUAACUGAGGUGCGACUGAAAAGGAAGUGGAUACAAAAUAAAAGCACACAACACGAAGCAGAUAAGGGCAGGAUCGUGACAGGUAAGGAGUCCGGGGUCUGUGUAUUGUAAAACUAUUCAAACUAAAUGUAUGUAAAUGACUAACAAUGCAAAGACCUCCAUGUACGGAUGCUUCACUGUAUCAGUUUAGUUUACUUCACCACUGUUGUUGCUAUUGCACUGGAUUUUGGAUAACACUUUCUGCACCACCGCAGACUUACUUGAAGUUAUUGCAAAUUGCACUUAUAGUACUGUGCAGUGGGAAAAAUAUACAAGCGGAUAAAAGAUUCUCUGAAAAAAACUUUGCAGUGAUAAUAAUACUAUGGCUGAACAUUACUGAAACCUUACAGAUGUUCCAUUAAAUAUUCUAUAUUAUACAGUAUAGUUGCUGUAUACCUACUCGCUUGAUAUGUGAAGAAUGGGUGUACUUUGUACUAUGCACUGUUGAAUUUUGCUUUACAGAGAAGAAUGGACAAAAACAAGUGUUUUUCUAUAUUUUCUAAGCUAUACAUGUAAUGACUAGAGAUUGAAAAUGUGAACAAACUGAUGGUUUCAUGAACUUGUAAAGAGAUGAAAAAAUAAAAUAUGUUUUUUGAUGAAUACACUUCUGCUUUCUUUGAAUCAAAAUCACAUUUCAUUCUUUUUUAUUCUCACAGAGAACAGAAAAACUGACUGGGUACCUCAGAUCAGUCACAUAAUACAGUAUACAGGUAGCAGUGCGAUUACAAGGCGCAGUAUAACAUGACCUCAAUUUUUUGCCACACACUUCAAGAAAACAAAAACUUUAGCAUUAGCACAUAUGCUAACAUUAGUGGGAACACAAUGUGGCCGUGAAUGUUGAUCAUGAUAAGACUGUGCUGAUGAGAACCGUGAGAAAAUUCCUGAAAGGAGGGGUCAGGGAAGUGAUCUCCCAGUGAAGUCACAGAAUUAGAUGCAAAGUAACUCCAGGCUGAUAAAUCAGAAAAUAGGUUUUGUGCAAUUGCUUAUAUUGUGUUGGUUUCCACAAAUUAAUAUGGAUUUUGUUCACCUGACAUGACAAGAUAAUUGCAUAUUAUUACUCUCCCCUGAGAUAGAAAUUUAGCUGAUAACGGGAGCAUUAAUGUCAAUACAAAUACAGAUGGCUAAAAUUGUAAAAGUGUAAAAGCCUUUUACAUGUGGCUGAGAAAUUGGAGAGUUUUUUUCUAAAGGUGUUGGGGAUAGGAUGCAGCCUUACAGAAAAGGAGGUUUAACUGUGCAAACUUGGGUUUACUAGUCUGUUAUCAUGAAUAAUAAAUGUUUGAGUGGAAUAUACUGAACAUUUCAAUCCAUUAAACAUGCUAUAUGCUGGGAGAAAUGAACUGCUGUGAUGGUGCUGACGCCUGAGAAAAGAAACACCUUCAGUUCAUCAAACCACUGAGUCAAAAUUAGCCUGUCAAACACCUGGAUGUUAAUUUGUGCUUUAAUUUUCCCCUCUAACUUACAGGUUACCUUGUACAAAUAAAAUACUAUACAGCUUACUAGUUAACAUUACAUGAUAGGUUUAUAUAUGAUUUAAAACUCUACAUUAUCAAAAUAUGAAACACAAAUUCAAAAAACAAACCUAUUUACAUAUUUCUGAUCCUUUCUGAACCUUCUCCUCACUCAGAUGAGCUGGCUGAGACUGUAGGUUUUUCAUCACCUCCAAGUGAACAUUAUGACACUGUGAGAAAGAGUGAUCUUUAUUUUGCAUAACAUUUAGAAUACAUCUCUUGCUGAUAGCUUUUUAAAGAGCAGUAAAGGUGCUGAACGAAUGACUCCCUGUUUUGUGACGGUAACAAAUGAUUGCAGAGCUGCCGCUGACAAUCAGAUUCAGAACUAAGAUAGGCAAAGCUUUAUUUUUGAUACAAAACUAACUGCAUUUCUCAAUGGAACUUUUACGUCAGUGAUUACAAACUCAAAAUAAGGAGGUAAAGGCCACUACACUCAUCCCUAAACACUUGUGAUACAAAGCAACAGACACCAUCUGCCUAACUCGCUGCCAGAUAGUCAGUGAGUCAAGACCUUGGACACUGGUAUCAAUAAUGGUUUGGCAGCUAAGACUAUUUCUCACAAGAGGAAAAGUGUCUGCAUUUCCUCAGGAGUAACAUCAGCAUUGCUCACCAGAUUUCUCAGUAAUAGCUAGUCUAUAUCUUUAGUCUAUAAAAGCAGCACUGAUAUUGCAUGGAUAAUCUGCCUAAGUUGUAAUGUCGACCUGAGGGCUCUGAGGUGAUGUACUUCUUUUAUGAGUCAGGGAAAGGAGAGAAAGGAAAAUUUUUUAGGAGCAAGCUAAAGGUCUGACGAAGCCAAACAUCAUUUCCCUUCAAGUCUGUUUUUAAUUAACGUGUCCUCCUCCACCCUGUCUGGGCCCCCCUCCCUGACAUCAUGAAGGAGUUUCAGCUGGCACACAUGUUUGAUCUGCUGCAAAUGGGAAGCAGAAGUAUGAGGCCACAAAGUGUCUCACCUUCAGCACCAAAUUCUUUUUCCUCUUAUUCCAAAUGAGCAGCCAAAUUAGUCUUGGAGGAAGCUACAAUUCACAAAGGAAGAUGGGGGUAAACUUUCCCACCAGACUGCAGAAGCUCACUGAAGAGCUUGUGAACAUCAGUAUGGUGGUCACAGUUUCUUCCACUAUAUCAUCCUGCACCUGUCAUGCUCAGAACAAGACGAUAUGUUGAGAAAUGGCAAGACAGUCUAUGCUGUGGAAGACAAGAGGAAAUCAGCUCUAUAGUGGUCGUUAUAAUGCUUAUGAUACAUAUCAUAAAUAAUUGCAUGUUUUUGCUCUAUGUAAAAAACACAAACAACAAGUUUUUCACUUUUUUGUUGUUGGUGUGGCUUCUGGUUGCCACCAAUGUUCCAGUAUUUUCUCGCUUUUGUUUUCUUUCUUUGUAAGGACUUUACCCUUACUUACAUUCCUUUUCUGAAUUCCCUAAGACCCCAGCCAUAACCACAACCACUACUUUCCUAACCCAAACUCUUACUCUAAGCUUAAACCAAGGUGAUGUACAAGUUAUUAAGUUGCCACAAUUUACAUGGUGGAACCAGUAUCUGGUCCCCACAAGGAGGACUAAUUCUCCGUAAUGUGAGUAAUACCAGGCACAUGUGCACUCACGCACACGCACGCGCAAACACACAACAAAAUUAAUCCAGAUGGAGUCUAUGGAUGAAUGAAUGGAUGAAUAUAUAAAAUAAGAAUGGAGAAUUCCAUUAGAUCGUUUUGUUAUUUUUGGCACACAGUAUCUGGACAAAUGAAGUUAUGGGUGUUCACCCAGCCUGUAGAGAGCUGACAGACUCAGGGUCAGCUGCAGAAUGUACACUCAUACUGGUGGUGCUACCAUCAUUUCCUGAAACUUGCACAAUAAACCCAUAUACCAGUGGUCAUAAAUAAGAGCUCACAACCUUUCCCCCAGAUGUUUGUCACCGUAUGGAGCAAUCAGGGCCACAGAGGUCACUUUGUAGCUUCUCCUUGGGCUUGUUGGAGUCAUUUUUCAUGUUGGAAUGUCACAACAAUGAGUCAGUUUGAUUCCAGUGAUACAUUAUUACCUUCAUUUCAGAUGCAGCCUAACGAGUAAAGAAAUGCUGCGGUGUACUCUUUAUACCAAGCGUAGCUUUGAGAAUGGAGCAGUUAUUGCUUGCAUCAAAAUUUGAUCAUUUCUGCCUGAGAUAUUGUGGGUGACAAAUACACCUGAGGCCAAGAAACUGAGCAGAAUAAUGAUUAUCACACAUAUUAUUCAAAGGUCAGUUCUAGUAAAAAUAAGCUUCUAUCUAUUUAUUUACUGUAUAUAACUGCUCAAAACAGUUUUCAAAUUAUGAUAAUAACCAAUCCAAUAAAUAUGCCAUGAUUACUUCCUAAAAUUGUGAUGGGUCUACAAUAGUUUAAGCAUGAAUGAAAGCUCCAGAUCUAGCCACAGGAAUAAUAUUUUUACCCAAACAGAAAUAUUUAUGUCAACAACGAGACCUGCUGAAGAAGCUUUUUUUGACAUAUAACCUUUAUAGUGCUUUAAACCUCCAGGGCACUCCUUUUUGUUGCCUGUGACCUAUUUAAAUAUGAAGUAUGAGUUGGGGUCCAAAAGAAAGAAAACAUGUAAAAGACUUACCACACAAUGUAGGGCCAAGGGGGUUUCUAUAACCCAGAAUAAUCCACAAAACUAAUUCUGAUACUAGUUCACAUUUCCUGUCUUGCCACAAUGCAUCACUGGUUGCCUUGACAACAGGGUAACCCAAGAGAAUAAAUACAAGGGAUCUGCCCAUUAAAUGACAAGUUUGGCGUUGAGUCACAUCUGACUAUAUUUAGAUGCUCCAAAAGUGCUUUAUAAAGCUAGUAGUUCCCUGCCUGUCUUGUCAUUGUGUUUUCUCCACCAGUAAGACAUAAGUUAAACACUGCAGGUUUCUCAGAGGCUCAGCAAAACUGAGUGUGAUUUAUAUAGUUAAAAAAGUUCUUGUAAUGUUAAAAUAUCAUACCGUUCAUCUACCUUGCAUUUCAAAGACAAAGUAACAGGGAGUUUAUACUGUAUUAUGCUAUAGAACAAGAUUAUUUGAGCUGUAAAUAAAAUGAAUUUGAAUAUUAAGUUAAAAUCAUGCAUAAGCCAAGAUAAUAAUUUGAAGGCUUACAUGAGAAGAGAACUGUCAUUCCUAGUAACUGUAGAUCCAGAGAAUUCCUGUGGUACUGGUAAAUGUUCCUGUGGUAUAGAGUUACAGUACCACAUACAAAAUAAAUACUGCGGUAACAUACCACAGGCCCUAUGGUAAUGUACCAUAGACACACCACAGACUGCAUUCUUUGAGGUAGUACACCACAGAGCUUAUAGUAAUCUGCCAUAAAUGUGCCUUAUGCUGCCACAGACUGUAUAAUAAUGGACCAGAAAUGUACUACACACCACCAACUUUGCAAUAACACAUCAGAAUAUAUAACAUAGAUUACUCAAGAGUGGUGCAAACAAUAAAUGUAUGAUUUGCCACAUAAUGUCCAAAAUGCAGACAUUGCGUGUUGGGUGAUACCCAUGAGAGCAGACUGUGCCUGAGUUGUUCAUCUCCUUCUUGUACCUGGAACCACUAACCACAGUUACAGUCUGUUGCCCUGCACUUAUCAGAACAAAACAGGAGGUUCUAAGCAACUAGCGGAACACAGGUCAAUACUGGGAUUGUUUACUACAGUGUGUCUGAUUUAUUGGGUAUUAAACACUCUGUUCUUUUCUCUCUUUACAGACUUACUAACUGGUGUCCAUGUGAUCUCAGUGUUAUGGCUAAGAGAAACUAAAUUUUACUCUUUACUAAAAUUGAGCAACAGAUUGGACAAGAUAUUACUGCCAACAGUACAUGUGGCUUACUACUGUAGGCCAAAUAUUUUCCCAACCGCAACAUAUGUAAUUUCAAACGAGCAAUAACGCAGUAUCAGGUUGAGCAAAAAGGGUCAUCUCGAAUGUAAGAUAAGAAUCUAAAUUAAGACCUUUAGUACAGUAUAUACCACAUACAGUAUAUUUGAAUCAUGACAGUUCUGACCUGCAUGAUGUACCUUUCUCAGACCAACUACUGCUUGCAUGUAUCUAUGUCAGGCUUUAAUUGUGGGUAGAUACGAAGCAGGGAUAGUACAUGUGCCAACAGCUGUUUAACAUCACAAAAUGUGUACAAAGACAUAUGGCAGUACUCUUAGUGAUCAUAAAAACAGGAAAACAAUCAUCACAUAGUGUUAAUGAGCUACUUGUGACUGAUGGUUUUGCAGGACUUACAUGAAAGAGAGGCAGGACAGAAAUCAAAGUAGCAAAGACCCCGAUAUCCUAAUUGGUCGCUGUUUGUAUUGGUCAAGCUUUGAUAACAUGUAUCCUAUGUUUUCUGUAAUGCACCUCUAUGGCAUCUCUUUGAUUACAGAGAUAACCCUAAUGACACCAUCUGGGUAUUUUCUCAAACUUGAUCAGGCUCCUUCAGAGGCAAAAAAGACAUUGACUGUUUUAUUGGUUCAGUAAAACUUCUCAUUAUGAGCAACAUGGUCAUCACGUGUAAAAUUAGUGCAAUUCCCCUUUAAACACAAAUAUUUAAUUGUAAAAAUAUUUAAAAAAUAUGUAUUUAUUUCUUGAGCUUCAAACCAUUAAUAACAAAUAUUUGAACAUAUACACCUUUAACUGGAUUUUUAUGUUGUUAGUUCCUCGUUUCCUCAUUUUUAACAUUUUUUUGGAUCCUUUUCAGGUAGUCAGUCAGUAGUCAGUUAGGCAGGCAGUCUGUCAAGGGCUGAAACUGGUCAUAAAGGAGGUGAGAGUACUUCACUGUUGCACAGGAUGCAAUCACAACAAGAAGUGACUACAGCUAAUUAGUCAACUUGAAAAUAAGGACACACACGUGUCAGAUUUCCUUGGCCUUUCAUGAUAUCACUUAUAUCUAGUGGCCGAAUACCACUGUCAGACUAAACCAGCUGGUGCACAGAGUGAGGAGAUCCAGUACAAGCACAUAGGUGUCAGAAAGUUUUUGCAAUAUGUCUAUUAGCACUUCAUCAUCCACAGGCCACGGACUGUGUGGUACGACACUGCAUUUUUGAAUAGGGUAGUUUUUGUUUUUUAAAGAUGUUUGUUUCCUCCUGAUAUCCAGGUGUCUGUGGGAAAUUUUAUUUGACUUAUUUCUUAUUUUUUAACACAGGGGACAAUGGUAGAUUUCAUUAGCACAGUGUUUAUGCAGUUACACCUGUCUUUGUAUUUGAUGAAUCGUGUUAACUUGUAGUGUGUGUGUGUGUGUGUGUGUGUGUGUGUGUGUGUGUCUGUGUGUGUGUGUUCUCUGGGCUGACCAAAUGCAACUUUAAUGGAAACACUGAGAGAAGCUUGAAUUCUAGCCGUGACAUCUUGCAAAAUGUAACUUCUUUAAACUAUUAGGAGAAGGUUGUGUUCUCACCUUUGAGCCAACUAGACAAUGAGGUCUUUGUAAGAUUGGAAGAGAGCUGCAGAGACUGAGAUCAGUUUGGGAGCUAAAGCCCACAAGAGGAGUUUUAUUUAAAGGUUUAAAAUAUAUGUGCUUGUAUAAGUGGUCUGCAGCUGCUUGUGAAAGCAACUUGGUUUUAUUGUUGAUACUCUUGCAAUAAAACCUUGUCUGCACCAGAGUGUGAGUACAUUGUAUUUUUUCAUUGGGGACAAAUUGUGGAGAGACUUUUUCUUUGACUGCCACAGAGAAAUGUUCCUCCAUGUCCCUGACGCUAUCAGUGCAGGUCACCUGUGUAUACAGUUAGCAACAAUGAAAAAAUACAAUGUUGUAUUGGGAAAAAUAAAUUCACUGAAAAAAAUGGAUUCAAAACACAACCUUUCAGUGACAUUUGUUGCUUCCAGAAUUCCAUUAAGGAUGAGAGUGAAGGUUUCAUGUGCAUAUGGACAUGCCUGUAUCUGUACACGUGAUCAUAUCUACUUUUGUAUUUUUGUGUACGAGUGUGACAGAGAGUGUAAGUUUGACUUAAAGUCAUACUGACCCAAAGGAACCUGGGGUGGACUGCUGCUCUAUUUUUGAAGGAGAAACAACCGCUGAAAGAAGUAACUGUUGGUCUUUUGGUUUGCACCCAUGACUUCAGCAUUUUUUCCACCUUGUGAAAAGUUUUUUUCAGGUUCCACUGACCAGAGAUCAGCGGGACAGAAGUCAAAUCUGUCACCUAAUGCCUCUGCCAUUCACUCCUGACCGGUCCACAAAGGCAACUGAAAUCGAAGUUUUGUGUGAGGCAUUCAGCACUGAGGGCUAAUUCCAGACGUGAAUAUGCUGUAGUCACAUUUUCAGUAAAAAUCAGUUUUGCAAUUUGAGGUACUUCCUUAUUCUCACUUAUGAUUCAUAUUUGUUUUUAACAAUGUUUUCUUUUGUUCUAGCAACCAAAUAUUCUGUGGACCAUGCCCCUGGUGUGACACCCUGAAAAUGUAACAAUAAAGUUCAAGCUAAAUAUAGUCUGAUAUGUCUAGGGCGACUUCUUCUGAUCAGAUCUGGCAUGAGGUGUAAUGCGAAUACUGCCGCCACCUUGAAGGCUCUCCGAUAUGAGUCAGCUGAAAAUGAAGAAAAGAUCUUUUCUAAAUUGUUUUUCCCAGAUGUACUUAUACUUGUUUGAACACUUGUAUCAAUCAUUUUUUUCUGAAAUAUUGUUUUCUUGUCUCACUUUGAUCCUAUCCAAGCUCUUCAAAUGUUCCAGGUACUGUCUCGCACCUUUUGUCUGAAAAACCUCAGCUCUUAAAAUACAACCACAAACUAACUUUUUUGAAUUAUACAGACUGAUUUGAUUUGAUUUCUUUGAGAAUCUUACACUGUCUUAGUUA